AUCAGUAGCUACUUAUUUAAACUCAAGCAUUCCGUUGUUUUUGAAAGUUUUGACAGCAAGUUAUCUCAUGUGUAAUGUUAUGUUAUGUUUAAUUUGAAGACUGAAUUGCACAUAGAAGAAAUCGAUUACAUAUGGAUUCUCAAAAUUUGGAUGUAAGUUACGAGCCAAUGGACGUAGAUUUAAGCUCCAAUACCAUCAAGAAUAUGGACGAUACACAUUCUGAACCUGAAGACCGAAAAACUAUUUCAAGAUCGUCUUCUCCUAUAACAUUUUUUACAACUCUUAUUAAACAAGAACCUGUAAUGGAAAAUAUGAACCCAGUUUCAGUUUGUGACAGUGAAGCAAAAGGCUUCCAAAAUGUUAAGAAGUACCAUAUUAUUAUGCAGCCAAAAAAGACAAUAGGAUCAUGCCUAUUGGUAAAACUUUCAGUUUUAUUUGUACUCUUCGCAUGUGCGUUAGUAUAUCAGAAUACAUUCACGUGUUGUGAAGGAUUAGAUACAACUAAUAUGAAAGAGAUACUUAGUAGACAAUUGUAUGGGCAAAAGAGGGCUAUUGAGUUAAUAUCAAGAUCACUGGAUGCUCGAGUAAAUAGCAAGAUCUUAUUUCUAUAUGGUGGUACAGGAGUUGGAAAGACAUAUGCUACCACUCUGAUGUUUGAAGAAGUGUGGAACAUGACAAAUGUUUACCACUACUUGAUGCCUAGUUUCAUGGAGACAUUUCCGGAUGAUUUGUUAUUAGGUAUGUCCUUUUGUAAGUCCUCCAUAUUGAUUGUUGAUGACUUAUCACGCAAUGACUUCCAUAUCAAGGAGCACAUAAAAAAUGUUAUUGAUAAAAGUGAAUAUUUAAAGAAGAAUAUAACUGUUAUUCUGAUCUACAAUUAUGAUAACAUUGAAAAGAAUUUAAUGAAGAAUUCAAACGCAGCUUUCUUUGAGUUUGAGCUGAGAGAGGCUUUUAGUGACAUAGAUGCUUAUAAAGAAUUUAUUAAAUUCGAGCCACUAACUGAGGAUCAUCUGAAAUUAUGCAUAACGUAUGAAUUGGGGUAUCACAAUGUGGCCAACAUGGAGCAGAUAGUGAAGAAUUUUAAUGUAACGCUGGACGGCUGUAAAGGUGUUCACACUAAAAUGAAGCUUUUGAAUGUUUUCUGAUAUUAGGUAUGUUAUAAUUUUGAUUUAAAUUUGUAGCUAGACGCUUGUAGUUAUGUUGAUUAUAAAAUUAUUAAAAUGAUGAUUUACAAAUUAUACAAAUCCCACAUGAA